CCCGCUCCCCUCCCCCCAUGAGUGGGACCGUCUCUGCCCCCCCAGCCGGGGCCAUGCCCGCCAUCCCCUACCCCGUGGAGCUGGGGCUGACGGUGCUGCACACCGCCCUGUACGCCUCCCUCUUCCUCUUCGCCUACCUGCAGCUCUGGCUGCUGCUCUGCUACGGGGAGAAGCGGCUGAGCUACCGCCCGCUCGGCCUCUCCCUCUGCCUGCUGUGGGCAGCGCUCCGCACCGUGCUCUUCUCCUGCUACCUGCAGAACUCCCUGCGGGCCGCCCCGCUGCAGCGCCAGCCGUUCCCCCACUGGCUGCUCUUCUGCUCCCCGGGCUGCCUGCUCUUCGCCGGCCUCUGCCUCCUCAACCUCUACUUCGCAGAGGUUAUAUUCAAAGUCAAAUGUGCAGCAGAAUUCAAUAAGUACAAGGUCCUGUUGUAUCUGGGCUCCAUAUUUAUCAGCCUUCUCUUUCUCGUUGUGAAUUUAACUUGUGCAAUGCUUAUCCAUGGAGAUGUCCCAGAGAGUCGGCUGAGAUGGACAGUAUUUGUUCGGGCACUAGUCAAUGACAGUCUCUUCAUUCUUUGUGCCAUUUCAUUAGCUUGUUGUAUGUGCAAACUUGCAAAAAUGUCAUCGGCAAACGUCUACCUCGAGUCAAAGGGCACAUCUGUCUGCCAGGCCAUUCUUGUCGGUUCAGUAGUUGUUCUUCUGUACUCUUCAAGGGCUUGCUAUAAUCUGGUAGCAGUGGCCAUAUCUCCAGAGAAUGUUCCUAGUCCAUUUAAUUAUGGCUGGGACAACCUUUCGGAUAAGAUGCAUGCAGAAGAAGUCAGUGGUGAAGAAUAUGUGGUGUUUGGAGUAGUCCUCUUCCUCUGGGAGCUUGUGCCAACCAGUUUUGUGGUGCUGUUCUUCCGGGCUCAGAGGCUAACUCAGAACUUGACACCAGCUGGCAUGAUAAACAGUCAUAGUUACAGCUCCAGAGCAUACUUCUUUGACAAUCCAAGGCGAUACGACAGUGACGAUGACUUGCCAAGACUUGGUGCGCGAGAAGGAGGAAGCUUGGCUACCCCUCCGUGCUCCGGCUGGUAUGGCACUCUGACUGGGAGCGAUAGCUAUGCGGUUAUUCCCUAUCUGAGUGGACCUAAGCCAGACACCGCCCCGCUGCUCUUCACGUGUAGUGAUUUGGAAGCUAACAAUCACCAUACCUUAUACUCCACGCCGCAGAACUGAAGAGCCCGCCAAGAUUCGCUUCUCUUGGGGCGGCUUUCGUGGGAGUCUGAUCAUUUUCCAAACAUCUAACUUCAUCUGCACAAACAUUCCAUUCUCUCUUGCAGCUGUAAACCAGAACCUGGAGACUUAGGCUGCGUGUGGUAUGUAAAACUGUUACUCAUGGUACUGUGUAGCAAAGGGAAGGUGAAAAA